CUCUGAAUUAGCGACGUCAUCAUUAUUUUGUUGUUUAGAUAAUUAUUUAAAGUAAUCGUAGCUAAGUGUAGAGUGUGAGAUAGUAAGAAUUAUAUUUUCUCUAAAAAGAUUUAAAUUACAAAAAGUCGUAAUGGCGACGCCUACUAACACUGAAGUAUUAAACGAUUUACAGUCGGCACCGCUUGUACAAAAUUUGCCUAUCGAGUUGCAAAAUGACCAGAAACGUAGAAGUUCUUCCCGUUCCAUAAAACGUAAACGUUUCGAUGAUGAAAUAGUUGAAUAUAGUAUUACUCCUCAACAAUCGCGUGGGGAUCAAUCACGAGCAGGGCGCCCACGCACAACGUCUCAAACAUAUGUGCAACCCAUACAACCUCCCCCUCCCAUGCCUGUCCUACAACCAGUAGCGAGCACUACCAAUUCGUCAAUAACUGGAUCGCUAGAUGCACCUUCCAAUUUGGAAAAAGUAACAACAAACCCAGGCCUCUCAACUGGAAAUGUUGGUAAUUCGGCAAUGAGUUCACCCCAUGCUCCGGCUAUCACGGAUAGGUCUACAACAUUUCCAAGUUUAGAGAAAAGACGUCCGCCACGUUCCCAUCAGAAAAAAACUAAGAAGACCGGUCGUCCGCCAAGCCAAGUACCAACCAAAGACUUGGGACGUUGGAAACCCAUUGAUGAUUUAGCUUUAAUCAUAGGAAUUUUGCAAACGAAUGAUUUACGCAUCGUGCAUCGCGGAACAAAAUUUUCGUGCAAAUUCACUUUGUCAGAAUUGCAGGCAAGAUGGUUCUCCUUACUAUAUGAGCCGGCUAUUUCGAGAAUUGCAGUGGCUGCAAUGCGCAAUUUACAUCCAGAACUUGUAGAAUCUGUGCAAAGAAAAGCAUUAUUCAGCGUUAAUGAAGAGGAGAUAUUGACAACCAUUAAAAGCACGGAUAAUCCGAAACUAGAACAGUUUCAAGAUUUGUUGGACAAAAAUGCCUCCGUGUUUUAUAACGCCCGUACGGCCAAAUCUUUACAAAAUCAUUGGCAGAUGAUGAAACAAUAUCAGCUUUUGCCUGACCAAAUAGUUAAACCACUUCAUGUCAGUGAUCAACCGUUAAGCUUCUCAGAUGCUGAGGAUUUAAUUUUGGAUGCAGAAUUAAAUGAUCAACGCGACGAAGCACUAGAAAUUGAAUUGGCGUUGUCUGACCGUCAACAUAAACGAGAAAUCCGUUUGCUUGAGAAUGAGUUAAGUCGUUGGAACGUUCUAGUGGACUCAAUUACCGGAGUAGGUAUCGCGCCAGAAUUUGAUGGACAAACUUUGGCAGUUUUAAGAGGCCGACUAGUGCGCUAUCUUAUGCGUUCAAAAGAAAUAUCGUUUGGUCGCGAUGCCAAGGACUGCAUAGUAGAUGUGGAUUUAUCUUUGGAAGGGCCCGCUACUAAAAUAUCACGAAGGCAAGGCACUAUUAAAUUGCGCAGCAACGGCGAUUUCUUCAUAGCCAACGAAGGCAGACGGCCCUUAUUCAUAGAUGGAGUUCCAUUAUUAACAGGGAACAAAACGCGACUAGCUAACAAUUGCGUUGUAGAAAUUGCUGGAUUAAGAUUUGUUUUCUUGGUCAACUAUGAACUUAUAAAUGCUAUACGCCAUGAAAGCGCUAAGACGAUAUCUCCUUUGAACUAAAUAAGUAAAUAAAUUUGUAGGAAUAGUUUAUCGACAGAUUGUAAUAAAGAAAAAAAUAAAAAAAAUAUUGUCU